UCUCUCUCUCUCUCCACAGUGCCAUUCAGGUAUCAUGGGAGGAGGACAUUAUGUGACCUAUGCCAAAAACCCCAACAACAAAUGGUACUGUUACAACGACAGCAGCUGUAAGGAAGUGCACUCAGAGGAGAUGGACACGGACUCCGCCUACAUCCUGUUCUAUGAGCAGCAGGGAGUGGACUUCUCUCAGUUCCUGCCGAAGACUGACGGCAAGAAGAUGGCCGACACCACUAGCAUGGACGAGGACUUUGAGUCUGACUACAAGAAGUACUGUGUCCUUCAGUGAUCAGGAUCCCACAGUCUUCCACCUACCUUCCGCUCAACCGUCAACACUAUGCCUGGAACUCUGGACUGUCGGACUCAGCCAGCCCCGUACGGAAAGGACACAGGGCUUCUUCAGCCAGUCUCAACUGGGCGCCAGGAAGCACAAAAUGGUGUCUUUUGGUCGAGUCAUCACAAACUGAACCACUUGAAUGCCGGACCGGUUGUCAUGAUACCCCCCCUGUUGUUUUGUCAAGAGAACAACAUUGAUGCCCCAUUUCUUUUUUAAAGCACUAAGCUGUUGCACAUUGAGCCUGAGGAAACCCACCCUCGUGUGUGUGUGUGUGUGUGUGUGUGUGUGUGUGUGUGUGUGUGUGUGUGUGUGUGUGUGUGUGUGUGUGUGUGUGAGAGAGAGAUUGUCAGCACAUGAGCUGAUAUUGCUUCCUUGUUGUGCAUAUUUGUCCCCUGCAGCCAUCAAAACAUGUCCAAAUACCUACAUAAUGUCUGUCUCUAUAACUCGCUAUACAGAAACGGUAAUGUAGAGAUUAUACUGUGUUAUUUUAUCGAUAAAAGGGGUUCUCCAAAUGUUCUUAUUUUCCUUCUUCAGUAAUGAUACUGUCAUUUAAAAAAAAAAAAACUCAUAAUGCUACCUCACUGCAUUUCAUUGGCCAAUUGGAACGGUCAAAUAUUUGUGACAGUAUUAAAACCUCACCCACUUCCUCCUUUUGAUUAUCCCACAAAAUUGAGGGGUUUGACCUUUAAUUUGGCCCUUGCCAGGCAACUGCCUAAAACAAAAAUGUGCAAUUGCUGAUCAACAUCGAAUGACUUUAGGGGCGUUCAUUGUUGUCAUUUUAACUCACAAGCUUGAGUUUAAAUCUUGGUUAUGUUGUGGACAGGUGCCAUAAAGGAUGUUUCAAAGAUAAUAUAUAAAUACAUAUUUGUAUUGUU